AUGGAUUACACCACAGACGAGAUCGUCAACGCCUACCGGUCUGAGCGACUGGAGUACAUCAAAGCCGACAAGAAUGAUACAAAUCUCCAAAAAGUAGCCCUUGAAAUUUUGAAAGACCCCGUUGUGCAGGCUCUUACUGCACCUUCAAUUCUUCAACCCAAAGGCCAGAAAGAGUGUGACUCGUAUAUUGAGUCUGUUUGCAACUCCCUCCUCGGUGUCGCCAUUUGUCUACGCGAUGAAGACACCAAAACACCUACUAUUAUUGGUGUCAUGUGCAUUGGCUGGGGCGGCAUUGCUCCUCAUGUUGUUCAUCAUCGCAAUGCAGAAAUCGGCAUCACUCUUCUAAAGGAACACCAGGGCAGAGGCUACGGAAGAGAGGCUAUCAAUUGGAUACUCGACUGGGGCUUUAAGCACGCUGGUCUGCACACCAUUGGAAUCACAACGGCGUCAUACAAUCCACGAGCUGUUCAUCUGUACGAGAGUAUGGGGUUCGUGCAUGAGGGAAGAAGAAGGCAACAGAUCUGGCAGAACCGUGGAUGGCAUGAUUUGAUCAACUUGGGAAUGACGGAAAGGGAAUGGGAAACUCUACGUGGAUUGCCACAGCUACAGAAUUAA